AUGUCUAGUACCAUUUUCUACAAAUUUCGGUCUCAAAAUGGGUCGUCCAGAAUUUUGUUCGAUGGUACUGGUAUAACAGUAUUCGAUUUGAAGCGAGAUAUUAUCCAGGACAAUCGAUUGGGUGAUGGCACUGAUUUUCAACUGCGUUUGUACAAUCCAGAUAGCGGAGAGGAACUCGAGGAUGACUCGCAGGUCAUCUCACGGUCAUCGAACGUUGAAGCUCGGCGAUCUCCAGCUAUUAAGGUGAAUGGGCUCAAUGGACGUAUAUCUCUGGGUAAUGCCGUUAGAUACGUGACUGGUAAACCAAGGGUCACCAAGACCGGUAGCAGCGCACCUGCAGUCACAAGCCAGGCGAUUAGUACGAAGGGCAUGAAUGAAGAAGACGCUAUCGCCAGCAUGUUUGCCAAUCAGGAAAGUCAAUGGCAGCAAACCCAACAAGAUAUGGCGGGUGCAACACCAGUAUUCCACAAGACCGGCAAUGUAGCUGGCCAAGAUGAAGGGCCUCCGCCACCUGGCUAUAUGUGCUACCGAUGCGGUGGCAAGGACCAUUGGAUCAAAAACUGUCCUACAAAUUCAGACCCUAACUUUGAGGGCAAGCGCAUACGGCGGACCACAGGUAUUCCUAAAAAGUUUCUCAAAUCAGUGGAUGUGGAUCCCUCUACUAUGACCCCUGAGGAAAUGGCUCAACGGCGCAUCAUGGUCACGGACGAUGGAAGUUUUGUGGUUCAAGUCGCGGAUCAGCAUUCGUGGGAAGAUUAUCAGAGAAAACAACAGUCGCGCGCCAUGAACCAAAAUGACAUGAUAUGGGAUAAGGGUCACUUUCCAGAUCUACCGGACGAUCUGAAAUGCCCCAUAACUGGUGGACUGUUAAAAAAUCCCGUUAAAACUAGUAAAUGUUGCGGCAAAGAUUUCUCGCGGCAAGCUUUGGAAGACAUGCUGGUAGAAAAUGAUUUUACAUGUCCUGCUUGCAACCAAGGUGAUAUUUUACUAGACUCGCUAGCCCCAGACGAAGACAAAAAGAAAGAAGUUGAAAAGUUUUUGGACGAGCAUAGCGUCAAACGUAAAAACAACGGCGAAGACGCAGAAACAUCAAAAAAGCCAAAAUUGGCCAUGCCCGUCCCGCCUUUUGGUAUGCCCUUCCCCAUGUUUCCAAUGCCGUUCGUACCCACCAUGAAUCCUGCCAAGAAAUGA